AUGCCUUGCCUCCCCAGAUUCAAAUCCUCCAACUGCACUCAAUCUUCCCUCCCGAACAUAACGCACGCCCCCAGCGUCCCCUGGACUUUAAUCGGGCCAUCUAACGUACACCUCCCAGAAGAGCUUGAAAAGCUAUAUUGGCAUGGCGUGAGAAGAGAGCUGGAAAAUAUCAUUUCUACAUUAAAGCUAUGGCAGCAGGAAGAGUAUGCGGAAGUCAAUGUCAACGAAGAGAAUGAUAAGAUUCAUGGAUUCGAUACUUUUGUCGACGGUGUUUGUCAUCAGACGAGAGCUUUUGCGAUUCGAUAUGGUAUUAUAGGGGAGGAGAAGCUUAAGCUACAGCAGGAUGACGGAGAAGAUGAGGAUAAGAAGUUGACAAAGUUGGAAAAACAGCUGAAACGAGAUUCAAGAAUUGAUGAAGAGAGCAAGAAGAUCAAUUCGGGUGUGAGGAAGAAUUUACCAACCAUUCCACGAUAUUCGGGUAUCGAACAGCGGGCAUGCAUGUUGUUACAGGCAGCCGGCUUCCUCGAUAUUGACAAACACAUUGAACAUCGACCUCCAUUGGAGAAACUCGGAUUCUGGACUAGGCCAGCUAUUCCUCAGCUAACUCUUACCCACUUUGAAAAAGACUGGACACCGCAGUUCAACAUGCUAGAAUGCUCCAAAUGCCACAGCAUCAUCCGAGGCAGCAUGUUUGUACAUAUCGAUAAGGUAAUUAAACAGAAUACCAUCUGCGAAGAGUGUUAUCGGCUACACUAUUACGGGAAUGCAGAAUAUGAAAAGGCAUAUAAACACUGCAUUCUGUCUGAAACCAUCACCCCGUCGAUUAGCAGGGCGAUGUGCAAUUGUGAAGAUGUGCCACAGUCGACUGAAGAAGGGGAUAUGCGUGCUUUAUUCCCCAUUUCCAGGGAUGAAAAACACAUCGAAAAGGAGGAAUUGCAAUGCAAACUGCUCCAGCUGGGUGGACAGGUUGCCCUUGCCAAAUAUCACGGCUUGCAGAGUAUUGUCCAAACACAAGAGGAAGACCACAACAAGGAUACCAAGUCUUCUUCCAAGCUCAAGUCGGUACUGGGCAUAUUCAACCGAGAGCACAAGGAGGCAAAAGGCCGAACCAAGAAAAUAACCAAACUCGGAUCGAAAAAACUUACCCUGCAGAAUGUAUCAGAAACAGGAAGAAGGAGCACACCAACCAAAACUCAUGGCGAUUACCCCGCAGCCACAGAAGCCAAAGCCGAUGAAGACAUUCCCAUCUUCUUCCGGCAGUUCACAGAGCAGUAUCCGUUUGGCAACGUGCAUAUGGCGCUUCGAGUUGGGCCGUUGGUUAUUGAGAAUGGAGUUGCACACACGAAAGGAGGCGCUUUGAUCAGUCUGCGAGAAUUGCCGAUUUUCCACGAACGCAGCUCAACUAGCCAGUCUCGGCAGCGCAGCCUCGCAGUUUCUGGCGAUGUUAACAGAUAUCUCUGGCAACAGGAUCGUCCAGCUGGGGCUCCAAAGAGGUACAAAUCCAUCAUGAAGCAGGUCGUCGGAGGGCCUUUUACAGGUGUUACUUCCAGAUCGACUGAAACCGCUGAAGAAAAGGCCAUCAUCCAGCUUCUCGUAGAGGCAAGCAAAAAGCAAUUCGACGAUCCUGGCCUCUCAGCCGCAGAUAAAAAGAGAAUGCUGGAUUCAACUCUCGAUCCGGUCAUGAAAAGCCUCAAAUCUCUCCUCCAAAUCCGCGUCAGGAUUUAUCUAUCCAGCAUCGCAGCACGACUCAUUGACCCAACACUCACGACUCUCACCUGGAGCGCAACAAGCAACAACUGCCAGAGUUUCUGCAACUCUCUCAUCGAUAAAGAGCUGUUCGAACCUCUCGUCAGCAACCACAAGGGCAAAGAAGGAUUGUACCUGAUGAGCUUCGUCUGUCCUCAAGAAGGAUACAUUCGAAACAAAGUCCACUCGAAAUUCGACGUCCCCAGCGGUCUUACCGAGGAAUAUCUCCUUCGUUUCCACUUUGGCCGGCACGACGACGCAGACGUAAUCGACACUUUACAAGAGUAUUGGUGCGAUUGGGGCGCAUUCGGAUCUCCUCUAUACAAAUACCAAGAUCUCUUCCCAUGGGACUGCACAGAAGCAUACGGACGCUAUCCUACAAGAUGCAACGACUGCAACCUCGCCAAACACAUUCUGGCCUUUCCAUUCGACGCAUGGUCUAUCAUUCAGCUCCAUCUAAACAGAGAUCCACACAUGUACGCCCCAUCCAGCAACGUCUCUCACUCCUGGAUUGAGAACCGACUGUUAAUCCUCACUGCCUCGUCAAUUCUCACCAAAGCCGCUGCUGCGAUGGCCAAAACGCCUGGUUUUUGCCACGCCACGCAGUGGCUUCAUUCCGAGCAGAGUAAGCUCCGACGUAGGGAUCCUUCGCUUACCCGCGUUAAGCUGGGAGGGAUCCAUCGUGCGCAGCCGUUUAGUCAUUACUUUGAGGCGGGAAAAUAUAGUCAUUACUUCCUGGCGCAGUGGGCUUUGAGGCCGAGGAAUGAACAGAUUGAGGAGUAUGAGCUGCUGCGAGAUGGACGUGUUGGCAUGUUGGAUGUU